UACCUUCUAUGUUAACAGAGCUGCCGAGGACAUGGGCUUUCCCGGCAGUUUUUGGUCAUUUUAUUCAAUUUUUUAAUUAGAUUUUUUCGUAUUUUCGACCCUCCCCGGCCCCCUUUUUUUUACAUAUAAUGUUUGAAUUUCCUAUAAAACGCCACUGUUUUUAGAACCAUCCAAAAAGAGAGGAAAGGGAGAUAUCCAUCAUGACAGAAAUGGCGGAGUAUUCGCCGGAAAAGAAACCCGGCUGUGGUGUUAUGGUCUUAUACAGUGGAGUCUUCCGACGCCGGAGCUUCUGGUCGAGAAGAUCAGCCUGUGCAUGCGAUCUCCCCCCACCCAGCGACAAGAACGGUAGUACUUGUUCCAAGAGGAGACGAGGAGACUCCGAUGAAUCUACCUUCCUCGGCUCCUCUAAUAAUUUGGCCGAACCUCCGUCGAAACUACCGGACAAGCCUGUCGUAGAAUCUGUACCAUCUUCCCAUCAUCAGAACCAAGUCAGAAAACCUUCAGAUGGAAUAAUCACGACAAACGCCCCAUCCAACAUGGCUUCAAUCCAAACAUCGGCAACAACAGCAACCAUAACCAAGGUGUCACCAACACAAGGCGUCGGCCAAGGCAGAAAGGUACCCAAGGAGGCCAUUAGCAUCUCCGGCGAGCUCGAUAGCAUGAUAACCGAUCACCAGAAAACCAAGGGAAGUAGCGGUCUUGUUCGAGCUUCUUCAAGCAAUGUAAUGCUCUUCGGUCAUUUAGGUAACUUGAGGCAGUCAGGAAGCGGCAAUUCUAAUUCAAAUAACCUUCCUGAUUCCACCAUGGACGUCCUCGAUUACCUACCUAAAACUGCAAGGGAGACUUCGUCCAAACAUGUUAACGGUGGCAACGUUGGAAUGGGUAAUAUAGUAAGGGCAGAGGCCCAUCAUCCAAAGGAGCAGGCAGAGCCCUUAUGUCGAACUCUGUCCAAGGGAUUAGAUCCCGAGGAAUUGAAGUUGCAGGGCAACGAGGAGUUUAAGAAGGGGAGAUUCGUAGAGGCCUUGGCCUUGUAUGAUCGAGCCAUUGCGCUCGACCCAGAAAAGGCUUCUUACCGUAGCAACAAGAGUGCUGCAUUGACGGGUAUGGGUCGGCUUAUCGAGGCGGCUUUGGAGUGCAGAGAAGCCAUUAGAAUCGACCCUUCGUAUCACAGGGCUCAUCACCGUUUAGCAACUUUGUAUCUCAGAUUAGGAGAAGCAGAGAAAGCUUUGAACCACUACAAACAGUCAGGACCCGAAGCGAACUCUAACGAGAUUGCUCAAGCCGAAGUUCUUCAAACCCAUCUCAACAAGUUGGCCGAAGCUCGCAAGCUAAAGGACUGGCAGAUGUUGUUGAAGGAAACUGAGUGCACCAUAUCCUCUGGUGCCGAUUCAGCUCCACAGGUAUUUGCGUUGCAAGCAGAGGCGUUGCUGAGACUGUGUAGGCACCAAGACGCGGAUGCCACGUUAAGCAAGGGACCAGAGUUUGAGAUGGAGGCCUGCACCAAGUUCUUUGGCCCCUCCGUCACUGCUCAGCUAUUGCUAAUACGAGCUCAGGUUGACAUGUCCGUCGGCAGGUUCGAUGACGCGGUGGCAGAGUCUCAGAGAGCGAUUCGACUCGACUCGAGUAACAACGAGGUGAGUGCGGUGGUGAAGAAGGCCAGAGCGGUGGCCGCGGCCCGAUCAAGGGGUAACAACCUUUUCAAGGACUCAAAAUUCUUAGAGGCGUCCAUGGCGUACAGUGAGGGACUCGAGUACGACCCGUUCAACUCGGUCUUGCUUUGUAACCGAGCCGCCUGUCGAUCGAAACUCGGUCAAUUCGAGAAAGCCGUUGACGAUUGCACAAAGGCGUUAAACGUGCGCCCCUCUUACAGCAAGGCCAUAUUAAGGAGAGCUGACUGUAAUGCUAAGCUGGAACGUUGGGAGGCCUCAAUACAAGACUACGAGACGUUGAUAAGAGAAACGCCAGGAGACGAAGCGGUGGGCCGGGCUUUGUUCGAGGCCCAGGUGCAGCUCAUGAAGCAGCGCGGUGAAGAUGUCAAAGACAUGAAGUUUGGUGAGGACGUGGUCAUCGUCUCCAACAACGAGCGUUUCAGACACUUCGUUACGUCGCCUGGAAUGUCGGUCGUGCUUUUCUGCAACAAAUCCAGCGACAAGCCAGCAUUUGAGUUUAUGCAGCAACUGUGCAAAAGAUAUCCAUCUGUCAACUUCCUAAAGGUAGAGGUAGAGGACCAUCCUUACUUGAAAAAAUCAGAGGGCGUGAGUGCAGUACCAAGCUUCAAGAUAUACAAGAACGGGUCAAGGGUCAAAGACAUCCCUGGCAACAACCUUGAGUUGUUAGAGAAUUGCAUCAAAUUUUACAGCGCUUGAAUUUGAACAACACAUCCCCCAUGCAACAGAAUAACCAUUUAGAUUUAGAUUUGUGGUUUCACUACACAUAUUGCAUAUAUGCACGCAGAGGCAGCACAUAAUUAAUUAAUAAAGAUCAAUGUAAGGAAGACUACGCAAUCAAGAGGAAACAUGUGAUCAAACCUCUCUACAGCAUCUGCCAGAAUUGCAGUCCAAGUGCAAAAAGUGGAAAACUAGAAAUGGAAGCCACAUUUGAAGACUAGAUUAAACCCAAGAAGAAGAAGAUCGAUGGAGAAGGAGGAGGAUUCUGUUCAAAUUACUUAAUAAUUUAUUUUUUUAUGUCUUAAUUAUAUGCAUGUUGAGUAUUUGAACAUAAUUCUGCAAGGGGGUUGUUUGUGCAUGGCUGCUUUUUUGAGAGUUUUUUAAGAAGAUGCCUCAG